UCCGAGUUUGUCCGGCUUCUCCUGGUCCAGGCCCCUCGAGUCCCGGGAGGCAGCGGUCGGCCGGCCGGCGCCAGGGCUUCCGUUCCUUCCCCGAGUCAGCGGCUGUGACAAACGCUUCAGUAGCACCGGGGCACGGGUGAGGGCGCCCCGGCCGUGGCGGGCCGCUUGGGGCGCGGUGAAACCCGCCCGCGCCACCCUGUCCCUCCGUCGUGGCGUCUUCGGAUGACUUUCGCGGAAUGAACGGCUCAUGGGGGGCCGCACAGGGUCCUUCUCCGCUGCUAGCACUCCUGCCCUGCUGGCGUCCUGUGCUGAGAGCCAUCCCUCACCGGCCGGGGUGAACUACAGUCCCCGAACAGUCAGGCGCACGCUUAAUGGCCGGUCUUAAUCACUAGUGUCCAGAGAGAACGGACACGAGCACAACCAGCCGACGACGCCAUUACCGAGCCCGGCCGCUAGGCGGCGCUGCCCGAGGACCGGGAGAAGCCGUCGCGGGCGUGUGACGUAUCGCUCCCGUGCGCGAGACCGCCGCGCCCGCGUGACGUCACGCGCACGCCCAGCCGAGGCCGGCGCAGUCUUGUGACGUCGCAUGCGCGCUCAGGUGGAAAGACGUGGUCGUGGAAACCCAGGGGUCCGCGGCGUUCGCCAUGGUUCCGCGCGCGCAGCUCCCACCAGAGAUCCAGCUGGCCCAGCGCCUGGCCGGAAACGAGCAGGUGACCCGGGACCGGGCAGUGAAGAGACUCCGGAAAUACAUCGUCGCCAGGACUCAGCGGGCCGCAGGUGGUUUCACCCAUGACGAGCUGCUGAAGGUCUGGAAAGGACUGUUUUAUUGCAUGUGGAUGCAGGACAAGCCGCUCCUCCAGGAGGAACUAGGGAGGACCAUUUCCCAGCUCAUCCAUGCUUUUCAGACCACAGAGGCACAGCACCUGUUCCUUCAGACAUUCUGGCAAACCAUGAACCGCGAGUGGACGGGCAUCGACAGACUGCGCCUGGAUAAGUUCUACAUGCUCAUGCGGAUGGUCCUGAAUGAGUCCUUGAAGGCCCUGAAGACGCAGGGGUGGGAAGAAAGGCGGAUCGAGCAGCUGCUGGAGCUGCUGACGACGGAGAUCCUGCACCCCGACAGCCAGGCCCCCAGCGGGGUGAAGAGCCACUUCCUUGAGAUCUUCCUGGAGGAGCUGAGCAAAGUGGGCGCCGCCGAGCUGACGGCAGAGCAGAACAUCAAGUUCAUCGAGCCCUUCUGCACGAUCGCUGCUCGGACUCCAGACUCCCUGGUUUUACAUAACAUCACUCGGGGCAUCUUUGAAGCGAUCGUGGAACAGGCCCCGUUUGCCAUCGAAGACCUCAUGAAUGAAUUGGACGCGCAGGAGGGGGACGAGGAUGGCAUGUCGGAGGAUGGUGACCUCGAGGGGGACGUGCCGUCCAAGGAGCCAGGCUCCCUCCGUGGGGCUGCACCCGACAGAUGCGAGGAGCCGCCAGGAGAUGGUGAGGACAGCGUGGGCCCCGUCCUCCAGUUUGACUACGAGGCCAUCGCCAGCAGACUGUUCGCGGUGGCCAGUCAGCAGGGCACCCCUUCCCAGAACCGGAAGCGCCUUUACAAAGUGAUCCGGAAGUUGCAGGACCUUGCGGAAGGCCUCUUCCCAGAAGAUGACAUGCCGGAAAAAGCCUUCAGGAAGCUGCAGGAAGAUGGGCAGGAGAGGAGGACAAAGAAGCGUUUGCCCAAAUCCAGGUCACAAAACCAGCCAGGGAAAGGCGGGAAGGAGGACUCACGUCCAGACCCGAGCUCCGGAUCUGAGAGGAGGAUAAGGCGGCGGCGGUGGCGGGGCUCAGGGCCUGAGCCCACUGGGCCCCAGGAGCAGCUCAGGGGCCCAGGUGGGAGAGGGGCUCGAAAGAAGAGGCGACAGCUUCGGGCAGGGGCCAGAAUGAAGGUGGCCGGUUGCCAGGAACCGCAGAGCAAGCAGCGGCCGCCGCAGCGCCGGAAGUGACCCCACAGGCCCAGCACGUGCAGGGAGGCGCCUUCCCCAUGGCUCCUCCGUUUUGUGCCAAGUUGAGCUAGGGAACAGGACCCUAGGGCCCUGCUCCCAAGACUGUGGACAUGGACACCCACAGCUCCCUGAUGUACCGUGUUGACAGAGGGUCAGACCCCUUGCUCAGUGCCUGUGCCCCAGAGAGUGUGGAUGCCAUGCUGACCUUGGUCAGGCCAGGAAGCCCCCUGAGAACCAGCACUGCCUGGCAGACAGCCCUCCCUGGGCCGGGGAUUGGCCACACACGGGGGAUGUCUGUGAAUAAAAUGCUGUGUAGUUCU